ACAGAAAAGUACUUGGUUGGUCUAAGUCCUCUAAGUCCAAUCAAAUAUUAUAAAAUAACAUGGCAUGUUAACACAUUCAUUUAUUAAAUAACGUUUGUAUUGCCAUCUGCCGUCAACGAAAGUAAAUUUUAACCAGUGAAACACACACCUCAACCCACUUUGAAGUAGUAACAGUCUUGCUAUUUGCCGAUAGGUGGCGCUGUUUUCAAAUGAUGAUAACUAGUAGGUAUAUCUCUUAUUUUAGUUCCAUUCAAACGAGAAAAGUUCCUCUAUUUGCCGACAGAUGUCACUGUUAUUAAAAAUGUUGGAACCACUGUAGCCGCUGUAGGUGACUUCAAUAUCGACCAAACUCGGACACAGUAUUUGUAAAUUUUGUUUUGAUGUGAUAAUAAUGUCCGAAGUGUCUUUCAAUGAUGAAUAUUCUGAGGGAGGAUUGAAGAGUGGCUCAGUGAAGAGCGAAUCUGAGGACAGUUUACUUGAUGAAGAUUCAGAGCCAGGGUCUGCACUAGCGCGUCAGCUGCUGGACGCGCUGGCGCCGGCCGCGCUGAGCAAACUGCGUCGCGCGUUCCGCAGAACCAAGGAAAACUCACGAUCGCAGGACAUUGACAGACGUGUGGAGGAGGUGAUGCGGCUAGCAGCAGCAGAAGAGGGCAUCGAGUUCGCCCCCGCACCCCCUCACACCUCGCUGGCCCUGUCCCUUGACCGGGAGGGGUUUAUCCAGGCUAUUAACAAUAUUUUCGGACAGCACAAAUAUGAGCCGCACGCCAACGCUCUGUUCAAUUCGUUGGACGCCUGGGGCGCCGGACGCAUCUGGUGGCGCCAGCUUUUGGCGCGUCUGUUGGUCAUGGCACCACCCAGAUGGACGCCGCCUAAGGACAUCACUGUGAAGAAGCUGCAACACUGCAAGCGCGAGACGAUAGUGAAGUUGGUGACCAUCGAAACAACCGAGUCCUUCUGCUACGCUGCGGUAACACGAGGUGGACGUGUGGGCCUCUACGACGGUCGGCUCAAGCUGUUGCACUCCUACGAGGUCUUCUACGAUCGAACUGGAGUGCGUAAACGCGUCAAAAACUGCUGGAUAACUGACGCUAUCUACAUGAGUGAUUCUCUCAGCUUCCUUCUCGCCGCCUCUGACCGUAGCCUCGCUGUAUACGAUGCGUCUACUCUGGCGCAUGCUCUCCGCUACUGCAUUACUGGAUUACCGCAUAUCCCUACGUGCGUGGCGUACUUACCAUCUUCCUUGUCUUCCUACGCUGAGCUCGCUCUGGGCACGGCGCGCGGCGACAUCGUGCGCGUGCGAUUUCGACACUCACUGCCCGCCGCUGACACGGCCACCAUCUACUUCUGGAGGGAGAUAUCCUCCCCACCGCACACCAGCUACAUCAGCAUUACAACAUGGCGACGGGUCCACACACGCGCCGUGCGACGUCUCGGUUAUUCUGGAAAUGUCGUGUGGUCCUGCUCGCACGACAGUGAUGUGAGCGUGAGAGCACGCCAUAUGCCAGGGAAACUUGACGACUAUGUGUUUAAAGUGCAGAGGGGCGUGAGCUGCUUCCACGUGAUCCCAGCAUUGCACAUGCUGGCAACAGGCAGUGCUGACGGAACAGUCCGUCUCUGGGAUAUCACGCAGCCGAGCCCAUUCGCAAAGCUCCCGUCACCAGGGCGCGCGGCCGUGCUUGACGUCAAAGUCAUCGCAGACAUGGAGGUGGUUGUCGCCUUCUGUAACAACUGCUGGCUUCACAUCUGGGACCUGAACGAAGAGAGCCUUCUGCAGACAAUAAAGAUCAAGUUCCCGUUCCUCGGGGUCCUGGGGAAGAAGGUCGAGUUUGGAGCCUACUGCAUCCAUCCUGGUCCAGCACUCAAGAGGACAGUAGCAGCGGAGUCUCCAAGCACCUCAAGAGGGUCUAGCGUAGCGCGCGGCAGCUCCGGGGGCCUGCAACUUUUAGAGGAAGAGGAAGAAGAAAUCAAAGAUAACAGAGACGUAGAGUACUCCCUGUCCCACCGCGCCGCCAUAGUAGUGACGUGCUGUGACUGCGUCUGCACUAUUCCUCUAACCGAACCCGCAGAGCACCGCCCUCCUCCGGGGGACACUUUGCAAGCCCGCCGUCCGCACGCGUGGGAUGUCCCCAUGUCGUCCACAGACACUUCUACACCUCGGCGCCACUCCCUGCGACCUUCACAAUCUCUUCAGCCUUCACUCACGCCACGGUCUCGGACUCCAAGGCCCCAUGGGGCCCACACGCCACGGUCUCGGACUCCUAGGCCUCUAGGUGCCCAUACUCCACGGUCGCGAUCGCGGACACCAUUUGACAAGCUCCCAGAAUUGCCAGUGAAGUUGCCGAUUGAAGAUCUGGAUCUGGAAAAAUUGUUGGAAAAUGCGGGCCUACAGGGUAUCCUUGAGAAAGAUUUCGUGUUGAUGAAGGGACUGAAGCACGAUUUGAACAUGAAACUAGCUGAAAUGGAAGCCAACAGAGAAGCAAUGGCGUCUGCCGUGGCCGCCGGCGCGCCCUACCUCGCGCUUCGCACCUACGAGAUGGAGCCGAUAGCACCUGUUGAUGAAAUGACGGACGCGUAUGCACGCGCGAUGAGGUUGUUUCCUCCGUCGAGCACGGUGGGCACGCCAACGGGCAGCACGGGUUCGACUCCCCGUCGGGGCCGCAGCCGGACCAGCACCAAUGUCUGAAGAACUCUUUAUCCACAAACAAUUACUGUGAUGUCACAUAAGUCUAGAACGUACUUAUAAAAUGUAAGUUUGAAAUAUGUCCGCUACGGCGCCCCACCUAGUGGAUAUAAGCCGAAGAGGGCAGCAGCGGAGCUUACGUAUAUAACCGCAAAGGAUCGCUACUUCACACUAGAGGGCGCUGAAAUAAAUAUCAAGUCACUAAGUGCUGAGGAAAAAAUACAGAUAAAGAAAAAGGACGCGUUUAUAGGAUUCAUUACAGGACAUAACAAGCUAAACAAACACCUACAAAAUAAGGGCAAAACGGACAGCUCCACGUGCAGAGGGUGCAUGGAAGAAGAGGAAACAGCGAAACAUAUUUUCCUAGACUAUAACCAGGUGGAAGUAUACAGGAGCAAUUCAUUACCUAGGGACUCCGUGCACACUAAAGGAGGCAGUUAGCAACCUAAUGACACUGCUAGGUUUCGUGGAGGAGCUGGGGUGGUUAGAGUAGCGCUACCUCGUUGUCACGCAAAAUA